AUGUCUGCAUACGCUCUCCAGAUUCCAGCGGUUCUGCUCUCUUUCGAGCACUUCCUCGGCGGCCAAGCCCGAAUUGCCUCGCAGUUGACCCCAUCACUCUACAAGCGAGCAGUCAUCGACAAAGGGCCAGGUACAGCACAAGCACUGUAUCCGGUCAUUCCCGUCAAAGAUCCCGUGAGGCUAUCAAAUGUCGUUGGCGCGAUGAUGGUCACGACUGGGUUCUUGCUUGCUUGGCCGAAAACCCGAGGAUCGCUUCUUACGCUGAGCUUGAACACCUUUUUGACUGGAGCUGGCAUCUACAGUCAACGAAGAAUGAAGAUUCCGUAUUGGCUGCCGGGUACGAAUAUGGUUCUUGGAAUCCUGGUCUGGUUGAUUGAGAAUCGUUUGUCGUAA